UGUUGGGGAGUCUGAAUGUUCCACCCUGGGACGGUCCGGCCCAGAGUUGGGGCUGCUCCUGACGCCGCGCUUCCCAGUCUCCAGCCCGGCCCGGCCCAGCCCGGGGCCAGCACUGGUCCAUUGCAAUCCAACCAGGAUCCCGAAGUUAUAAGACUGCGCUGUAUUUACCAGGAAGAAAAAUCUUCAAAACACACUGAGACCCACUGAGUGAAGCGGAGCUGGGCUUUAAAUGAGGGUAAUCAUGACAUCGUGAGUGUGAAAUUGGAUUCUGACCUAGAGAACACAAUUGGGAAGAUUGACAAAAUGGUAGACCACCUGGUGAACACAGAAAUCAACAGCCAGAGAAUCGCAGCCGUGGAGAGUUGCUUUGGAGCAUCAGGGCAGCCUCUGGCAUUACCAGGCCGGGUGCUCCUUGGUGAGGGCAUCCUGACUAAAGAGUGCCGCAAGAAAGCCAAGCCACGAAUCUUCUUCCUUUUUAACGACAUUCUGGUCUAUGGCAGCAUCGUGAUCAACAAACGCAAGUAUAGCAGCCAGCACAUCAUCCCUCUUGAGGAGGUAACCCUGGAGACCCUCCCCAACACCUGGAAUGCCAAGAACCGCUGGAUGAUCAAGACGUCCAAGAAGUCAUUUGUGGUGGCAGCUGCCUCCGUGACGGAGCGUGAAGAGUGGAUCAGGCACAUCGAGGAAUGUGUGAGGCGCCAGUUGCAGGCCACAGGUCUCCCUCCCAUCACCGAGCAUGCUGCCCCCUGGAUACCAGACAAAGCCACAGACAUCUGCAUGCGCUGCACCCACACCAAGUUCUCCGCCCUCACCCGGCGGCAUCACUGUCGCAAGUGUGGCUUCGUAGUCUGUGGGGACUGCUCCCGAGAACGCUUCCUCAUGCCCCGCCUUUCAUCCAAGCCCCUUCGAGUCUGUGGCCUUUGCUAUCGUGAGCUGGUAGCAGAGAAGCGGAAAGAAGAGGAGGGGGAUGCAGAGGAGGAAGGGCAGGGGCAACCCCAGCAGGACCUUGCUCACUCACGGGGGACAACCUAUGGGGCAUCCAGUGGCGAGGAUGAAAGUGACAAGUCAGAUGAGGAGAAGGAUGGGGGCUCAGCAGGUUCCUGGCCUACAGGGUUGGAGUUCUAUGCCUCUGGGGUUAAAUGGUCAUCCUUCCACAGCUAACCUUUGUCCAGAAACCAUUUGGGCAUCUGGUUUGAAGGGGACAGGGCUCCUUUUCUCUACAGAAGUAUGAGGUCCGGUUGUCCCUGUUUGUCCAGACUUCUUUGGUAAGGGCUUGGAAAUUGGACACUACAGGACAGGUUAGAAUAGAUUCUGAAUUCUGUCCACAGAGCCCCAUUGUGCUGCUAUAUAGGCAAGGAGUGAGGCAGUGGGGAGAAAAAAAAAAAAGCCCUCCCAGUGCCCAUCCUCUAAGAGACCUGCUCCCAUUGUUCAAGCUCUUCGCAUUUAGCUGGAUGGGAAACCAGGGUGUAUUAGGAACUUCCCACCACCAUAGGCUCAGGCUACAGCCUCCACCUCUCAUCCAGCUGAGCUAGGGGAGCAUGAUGCAAAAGACUUUCCGAACCUGAGAUAGGGGGAGGCCCAGAGGAGACUGACGGGGAGCAAGUAUUUUGUUCUUUUUUUGGAGCUCCAGCCCAUGAUCAUCUAUAUCCAAAAGAACCAGCUGUCCCAAGGACAACCCACUUCCCUGUUUACUCUCCCCCUCCCACUUCUCAGCAUUGGCUAUGCAGACCCCUAACUCCUCUGGUCUGAGUUCUCUGCCCUUCCCCAGCAACACCACUGCUGCAAGUGUGGCUUCCCAGUGUGUAGGAACUGAUCAGAAACUUUUCCUCAUGUUCGGGCACCAUGCUGGGAGGGGCCUAAGACACCAGUGUAGAUCCCAAGAAGCCUGGUGACACCUGAAACCAGAUGCGCAGAGAUUGCCGAGGUGCCACUUGAUUAGAAAACCUGCAACCCGGAGAGGCCAGAGAUAUCUUGGUCAGUCCUAUCCCUUGGGUGUACAUCUGGACCUGAUAGUGAUCUCUCCAACCUGAAGGGCAUUGCAACACUGAAAAAGCCACAUUGCUAUAGUCUAGAAAAGUAUAAAAGGGUAGGGGCAGCCCUGAAGGAGCUCAGAGGGAAACUGGAUCAAUGUUGACAUGACUGUGGUACUUCCUGUAUGUUGUAUCAGCCCAAAUGUUCAAAGUCCAUAAUAAUCACAAUGCAUCUCAUAUCUC